AUGAGACAGCUACCACCAUCACCACGUCAACAGUGGCAAAUACUGCCUCUCGCCCUGCACUGGUGACUGGGCACCUGGGCACAGCGAGCAACAUGACCUUAACACCUUCCCCUCAAACACCAGCAGUGUCUAGGGUGGCAUCCCGUGUGCCCAACCUAACGACAGUCCCACGCCCAAUCCGGACGACGCCCACAAUGCACUCUGUUCAGCCGCUGGCAACAGUCACCGCAAGCAUGGGCGGCUGGUCGAGUCCUCAUGCGGAGACUGGUAAAACGUCAAUGGUGCCAUCGCUGACGCUAACAGCAGCCUUAACUUCAAUCACCACAGCAGCUCUGACGCCCAGGGACACACAGGCAUCAGCACAUGUUACAACCGCUGCCAAGGGAACAGCUGGAGCUCCCGUCAGCUCUCCAACGCUGCCUCCUCUGAUCUGCAGAUUGUCAGACCAACUCUGGGUCAGGACAGUUGUGACAUUGUCUUCAAGAAAAACUCGAGCAGACAUGAUGCUUAAACAGAAUGUGACAAGAGGACUUACACAGGCAUUGAAGCAGGCUUUCUUCACGAAUGAUGUUCAGGUUCAGAUUGAAAGUCUUGAAAGAAGAAAUAAGGUGUUUAUUGGGUUCUACGCUGUGAGUGGGAGUGAGGUGUAUAUUCCAUCCGCUGUGACUGAAGCGAUUACAACGUACGGCAUUGAGAACCUCAGCCGAGACAUGCAGCGACAUGUACCUGACCUCCUGUCCAUUCUGAUUUCUGCCUCUCCGUGGGCCCCACCCCCAGCCCGAUGGUUCCAGUUAAAGACAGUGCUCCAGUUUGUGAGUACAACGGACAUCAUCAAAUUUUGCAGCUUUGUUCAGACCAUGGAGACAAGACUGCGGAGAGCAUUCGAGGAGGCUGCAUCUCGGGCCACCAAUUUAAAAAGUCACUUAAGCAUUCAGAUUUUGAACACGUCCGUGACUGAUGGCUCCACAGCUGUCACAAUGGUGUACAUGGUGAGGAAUCAGAGCAUACUUCUCAAUGGUACAACAUCCAGCAGCAUCUUACAUCACUUGACAGCUGCUGAGCUGGGAUACUACCUGGCUUACCCACCUCUGAUCCUUGCUGAACCUUUGGAAUACGAAAAUCUUGACACCUCACUAGCGACUGAGAAAUCCUGGGUUGUUACAGUUAUCCUGGGCGUUGACAACAGCUCACUGGGUGAACAGUAUCAACGCUUUGCAAGCCUGAUGGAACAACGGUUAGCGAACCUGUUCAUGGCAGCUCAGCAACAAGGGCGAAGGUUUAAACGCGCUUCUACAAUCGGCACCUACACUGUACAGCUGGUCAGCAUUAAACGUCUCCCUGGCCCUAAGAAUCCAGCCGAGUUGACGUACUAUGCCUUGGAGAAUGGUGGGGCCCUGCUGGGUACAACCGCAGCCAAAAUACUGAAUACAGUCGAUUCACAGACCAUGGCCUUGGAGUUAGGCUACCGUGUGCAACUCCAAGCAGAACCUGUUGUGAAAAGCCCACCGAACAACCUGUGGAUUAUCGCUGCAGUGUUGGCUCCUGUUGGCGUGGUAACCGUUAUCAUCAUCAUUAUUUCUGCCGUGCUGUGCCGGAAAAACAAGAGCGAAUUUAAAUCCGAGACCAUGUCCAACCUUCAUCAGAGAGCAAAGCCAGUCCAAGGGUUUGAUUAUGCCAAGCAGCACAUUGGUCAACAGGGUGGGGAGGAUGAAGUGACCAUUACUCAGGAGACUGUGGUCUUGCCAUUGCCUGGCAGAGAUGCACUCGCACCUCAAGAAAGAGAAAGCUCCCAAGAUGCAGUUAACACCAAACCACCAAAAACUAUCGACAUCCGAAGAAGCAGGUUACACAGUGAACAGGAUUCUGUCAUCAGUGAGCAGUCAGGAAAUCUUGACUCGGACACAGGCACUCCACAGAAGGCAACAGCACAGCAGAAAAUUACAAAAGAGGGAACGAGGAAGAAAAAUGCACCAGUCAGUGAUGAGGAGGAGAGUGCCACGCUGUUUGAGCAUGUCUCCAAGACAUCGGAUGAUCCUUUCGACACUUCCUCUGGAUCUGUUCAACUUCUCUCAAUCAAGCCUCUGACAUCCCAUCCUGGUUACCCUGUCUCAGAAAGGAGCCCAGAGGCAGUGGCGAUCAAUGGAGAGGUAAACAAGGCCCUGAAACAGAAAUCUGAUAUUGAGCACUAUCGGAACAAAUUGCGCCUGAAAGCAAAGAGGAAAGGUUAUUAUGAUUUCCCUGAAGUGGAAAAUAAUCAGCCAAUGAUGGAGAAACAGAGGAAAAUCUAUGAGAAGGGGCAGAUGGAAAUCAAUCGUGUUUUGGAAGCUGAAACCCAGGUGUCUUCCACAUUCACUGAAUCUCGAAACAGGCAAUCCCAGGUGAAGAAUGCGGUUUAUAGGAGCAGGCAAUCUUUGAACAGCCCGGGUCCGGGAGGAACAGAGAUGGAUCUUCUUGUCAGGAGGGAGCGGUCACGUCGGGGCAUUCGCAACAGUGGAUAUGAUACGGAGCCAGAAUUGACAGAAGAAACAAAUGUGGACCGAGUCGCGGAGCCUCGGACUACCACUCGAGCAAGACAGGCUAAAGGACACUCGGAAUCUUCCACCCUCAGCUCCCAGCCGUCAAUCGACGAGGUCAGGCAGCACAUGCACCAGCUCCUGGAGGAAGCAUUUAGCCUGGCCUCUGCUGGGCGGGUCGCACAUGGCCGUCACCAGCUGCACUAUGCCACAGGUCAGCCGUUACCCUACACAGAGCUGGUGACCAGUGCCCCAGGAACCAUGAGCAGAUCGAGGGCUGGACUCCAGUGGGUUCCUGCAUACGGACAGGAUAUGUGCCAAUAUAGUUUGCCCAGACCUGCUUACAGAUAUUCUCAGCUUCCGGAAAUGUCUGUCGGAUCCCCACCCCCUGUUCCUCCCAGAAAUGCUCCAGUAGCAGUUGCAUCCCUCAGACGUUGGACAUCAGAAAAUAACAAUAAUACCAGAACAGUCGACAGUCACAGCGCAGACCAAUCACAACAUGAAGCUCCCUAUGUGCCGGUGUCCAGAUCCACUGUCCCUGCGGAACAGCCAAUCACAAAUUACUCAGGUAGCUCAGUCCCAGCAGUUUAUGCCAUACCAGCCAACAGGCCUGGAUUCCCUAACUACUUCAUCCCUGCUCCUUCACCCUACCGCAAUCAUGCCUGGACACCAUAUGUGGGAGAUGGAGAAGCACAGGCCCAGUGGGCAGAGAACGUAACUCUCCCAGGUUACGUUGAGGCCUUUUCGCACGCUCGGUAUGUACAGAGCUCCCCCCAUCGGCAGUACAGUCAGACGCAGCCUUCGAAUUCAUCUCGGUGUAUUGAACAAGCUCAGGCUCCAUCCACCGCGGCCUCUCAGCAGAGCUUGACUGAGAAUGAGUCCUCCGAAACCUCCUACACCAACAUCUCUACCGCUGCUUUGGUCAAGGCCAUCAGAGAGGAGGUUGCAAAGCUGGCCAAGAAACAAACGGGCAUGUUUGAAUUCCAGGUUUAG